GCUUCCCCCCCCCCCCCCCCCCCCCACCGUAUACAAAUUUAUCCCCACUUGUGCACGCUCGCCGCACGAGGGACUCCAAAAGCCCAUGGGGCAGGGGAUCCCACUUCAUAACGUGCCUUUCGUCAGAGCGGAAGGACGUCGACGGGUGGACGUUCUGUGUUGUGGUUUUUUUUUUUUUUUCAAUUUUUGAACAAAAUAGCACGAGAUCUCAUUCCUAUCUUCGUCGUGAUUUUGUUAUUUAUUUUACUCGGUUACUUUUCCUUCUUCGAAUUCGCCCAAUUUCGAAAGAAAAAAAAAAGAAAAAAAAGAAAAGCUAAAAUCCAAACGGCGACGUAAUGUGCGGAUUACGAAUUACGAUCAACGAAAAAAAUGAUCGGUAACGGUGCGUUUAAUUUCACCGCGCUAAUACGUGGCGCAUCGAUAUCCCUUAUCCUUCAAUUCUCAAAUCGUUGAAAUCGUCGGGGUUGCACCAAUUGACGUUUUACCUCGAGGAGGAAAAAAGAAACUAAAAAUAAACAGAAACAGAAACGGACAAAAAAACUAAAUAAAUUUCAACGCGGUUUGGUUUUACCGUUUCCAAUAACAAAGUGGGAAAUUCGUAGUUGGCUAUCGUGCGCUCUGAGGAACUCGAAAAAACAUUGCCGCUACCGCGUCUGUGCGAACGAUAUGCAGUUUGAAAAGAUUCCGCGGAAUUGGAACGACUUGUGAUUUAUAAACCUACGGAGAAGAGGAGUUUGACGUGUGAUAAAUUUUCUCUCGAGUAAAACGCUUCUGCUCAUCCUUCGUCUCCGUCUUCGUCUUCUUCUGUUCAACGGUGAGGGAAGGAGGCCCGCGGAAAGGGAGGGAGGGACAUACGAAACCAAAGGAGGAGGGAGAAUCCGGUGCAGUGAUAUAAAUAAAUAAACAAACCGUGCAAGUGUUUAUAAAAUCCCAACCAACCCUCGGUUGUACGAGGCACAAUGUUACCGAGGGAAUUGAUAACUUUCGCAACAAUUACGACGCUCGGCUUAGCCACCACCAACGCUGGCGCCUCCGUUAAUUUGCAACUGGUAUUCGACGACAACGGAAUGUUAACCGACGACCGAACCAAAUCUACCGCAACGUCGAACAACACCAUAGUACAUGCCUGCCUACCUACCUACCUACCAUAUGCGCCCGGGUUGCCGGGGGCCAACGGGGAGGACGUUCGUUGGGGGAUAGCAUCAUCAUCGGUAGUGGUCGAAAGUGUGCCGACGACUGGCGCCCGACGGUCGAAUCCCCCCGCAGUUUGCGGUGCCAUUGCCGUCGUCGUUGCGCCGCUAUUGUCUACCGGUUCCGAGGUACACGAAGUUCGGUGCUUUUGUAAUCAACCGGAAUGCGUGACGCAAGGAUAUCUCUGCAGAGGCAGAGGAUGCUUCACGGAGCUUCCUCUAAAUCUCAAUCCUUCUCUGAUAAGGCCGGAACGGAGUCCUUGGCACGGUUGUUUGGGGGAUGAUUUCAAGGAUCGUCAAUGUCCUCCCGAAUUUUUAUGCUGCGAACAGGACCUGUGUAACCACGUUGACGAUCCUGCCGUCCGCAGCAAAUUGAAUCGAACCCUGCAAGAUUUGUCGGGAGACCAACGUCCGUUUUUAGGUCCGAUUCAGACGAGUAGUAAUCACGGAAACCUCCAGACUACGGAAGGAUGGUUCAGAACGGCGACGAUAGCUGUACCGAUAUGCGGACUCGUCGCACUUUUGGUACUCGCAGGACUAGCCGUUCGACUUUUAAAACCUAUGCCAACGCAAAAUGAUAAGCUUGGCCCGCACUCCGGAGCUCCGGACAACGCACCACCACUGCUUGGUCCCCCAAAAGUACCACUUGAAUCAUUUAAUUAUAUUACCAUAAACAUACCCAUCAAAUAACUAACAACCAGUCAAACAAAUAGGCUUUUAUAAUUACCCGAUAUCCUUCGCGCGCUGAUAUUGCGUGCAGAGAUAUUUUAUACGUUGUCAAACUAUCGACAACCCUGUUGUGAAUUGUGAUUUCAAAGACUUCUUAUAAAGGUUGGCCUUAUUAUGAUAGUAUAGUAAGUUGUAUAGGACCUUUAAGAAAGCUAGCGAGCCCACGAGGCUUCUCUUGGCUGUGAAUUUUACGAAGAAAGUAAUGAUAAUAAUUAUAAUAAUAAUAAUUAGAAUGACGUUGUCAAUCUCCGCGUUGUACUGUAUAAUAAUGCAUUUUUUUUUUUUUACACACGACGGGGUAUAAUCCUUUCUCGAUGAUUAUUUUUUCUUUCGAAUAUUCGAUUAGCGAAUAACGAAGAAGAGUAGAAAGAAGAAAAAACAAAAGAAAAAAGAAAUUAGCUUCGUUUCUUAAUUAUUUGGACACGUGUAAUGUAAAUAAUAUAAUAGUAUAUUUAAUUAAAUUAAAGGUUUUGUAACAUAAAUUACCUAAUUGCAUAUUAUAUUAUAAUGAAAGUAAUGUAAAAUUAGUGCUGUGCAAAAUUGUAUAAUGAUAUACCUACAUAUAUAUUCCCUGGAAUAUUAUAUUUUUAAUAGAUUUAUUAUUAUUAUUAUUAUCAUUAUUAUUACCAGCAGUAACGACGUUAGCAAAUAACGCUAUACGUUUUUUGAUUCGAAUAGUUGUAAAAAAUAUUAAUAAUAAUUAAUUAAUUAAUUAAUUAAUUUAUAAUGAUAACUGUUCACGAUAACAUAGAAAAUAAUAAUGACUACUAGGGAAACGAAAAUUAUCCUCUCAAAGAAAGAUUUAAAAAAAAAGAACAAAAAACUGAUAAUGAUAAUUUAAACGGCACUAAUAAAAUCAGUGUUUUGUAACAUCACAAUAAUUAUGUAACGUACGAUAGGCAUAAACGUCAUAUAAAUAUAUAAUUAAUACGUACAUACCUAAUAUGCUUCCUUGAAAUGAAUGCAAAUUAAUAAGUGAAAAAUUAAUGGAGGCAAUGUUUUGAUGACAAUAAUUAUUAUGAUGAUAAUAAUGGUUAAACAUCACAGAGAAGAGUGGAAGAAAAAAAGUACUAAUCUUCCUCUUGGGUUGAUUGAAAUUUUGAAAUUGAAGGAAAAAAGAAAUGAAAAGUGUGCAGUGUCAAAAUUUGAUAGAAAGCGAAAGAUAGAAGGGAGUAAUAUUUUGCUAAAUCCGAUUUUCAUAGAUCUGUAAUUGUGAAUGAGUAGUUGCUGCAAUUUGAUUCCGAAAUCAAAAUCCUCCGAUCCUCGAAUUAAUUAAGAUUAUUUUACGGAGCCAAUGAUCGAUUCGGCUCUAAACUAUAUUCCGAAUAAAUAUUAUAUUGUGAUAAUAUCAUCUAAUUAUUAUUAGAUAAAAUAAAAAUAAUCAACGCGUUUCGCGACUUCUUACAAAACUAAGAGUAUAAAUAAAUGCCUACUUGCGAAGGGUGACUACAUUAACAAUAAUAUUUAAAUAAAAUAAGUGAUAGUAAUAUUU